CCUAAGGCUGAAGGCGACCUCAAAUUAGACAGAGGAAGAGUCGCCCCCGGUUUCCUGCUCCUUUAUAAACCCUUGUGCAAACGCUCCUUUGAGAAUUCUGAAAUGGGGAGCUUGUCGCAGGAGAGAUCUUUUUAUUAGAACUAGUGUCUGUGCCUACUAGCUGAUUAACAGCUGUUACUGGUAGUUGGAAUCCAACCCACAGCAUGGAUCAGGUCUUGUAUCCAUGGCAGCAGGGUAUUUAUUACAGUUCACUCUCCACCCAGGAUUGGCGGACUUUAGCCCUUAAUCAAAUAGAAAAGUAGGAGAACACAGGGACUGACUCUCUGACCACCAGAUAUAAAACAAAGGGGGGGAGAUUCCUUAGCAAAUGGCAAAAUUUCUGUCCCAGGAUCAAAUUAAUGAAUUCAAGGAAUGCUUUUCUCUAUACGAUAAGAAACAACAAGGCAAGAUAAAUGCCAGCGACCUGAUCACAGUGAUGCGGUGCCUGGGAACCAGCCCAACUCCGGGAGAGGUAGAGAGACAUCUUCAAGGGCAUAAAAUUGACAGAAAGGCAGAACUGGAUUUUUCCACUUUCCUGACCAUAAUGUACAGGCAAAUGCAGCAGGAAGACCCUGAGAAGGAAAUCCUGGCGGCCCUGGCAAUGACCGACAAACAGAAGAAGGGUUUCAUCACCGCUUCCGAGCUGAGAGCCAAACUCACCAGGCUGGGAGAAAAGCUCUCGGAUGAUGAAGUGGAUGACCUUCUAAGAGAAGCUAAAAUUGCACCAAAUGGGAUGGUGAAAUAUGAAGAAUUCAUCCACACCAUCACCCUUCCUGUUGCAGACUGCUGAAUUGCAGAAUGACAAGACUGCCUCGGGUAGGGAAACAGGCAAGCUUUUCCAGCUUACAUUUUCCUGGGUCACUUUUAGGCUCACUGGAAUCAGCACUGCUUGCCUUUAAGAAUCAAUAUUUUGCCUUCUUAGAGUGAAAUAUUUAUGUUUGAACAGGUUUUUCCCGUUGCAAGGCCUGGCCACACCUUCCUUGUCAGUUGGAAUGGAGCGUUCAUGUCAAACACUGGAUGUAGUAUUUUAAAUGAAUUGAAUGCCAUGUUACAUUGCAUAAAGCUUAUACUUAA